AUGUUGUCUAAGGAGCCUGAAGCUGAAAGCAGUGAGGUGGAGACUCUGUGGUUCUCUUCCACCUCAAACCCCACGGAAGAUUCACCGGCGAUUCUCCAUGGAAACUUCAAUUCAAAUUCUUUUAGCAUCACAACCGCCUUAUAUGGCACCGGAACGGAGUAUGGAUCUGGAUACGGUCGAAAGCCCGAGUAUAAGGCACCGGAACCAGAGUAUGGAUAUGGGUACGGGAGAAAGCCCGAGUAUGAGGCAUCGGAGUCCGAAUAUGGAUCUGGGUAUGGUCGAAAGCCCGAGUUUGAAGCACCGCCAGCUGAAUUCGGAUCUGGGAAUGCCACCGAGAAGCCGAGCUAUGGUGAGGAAGGCGGUUAUGGAGAAGAGCCACCGAGAAGGCCAAGUUAUGGGCGGCCCAGUUAUGAGACGCCAGAAAGUGAGGAGAGGCCGGGUUACGACGAAGAGCCGCCGAGGAGGACCGGCUAUGGAGAUGAGCUGCCACCCCCGAGGCCAAGCUAUGGGAGGGCCGGCUACGAGGGCCAGGAAAGUGGGGAGUAUGAGAAGCCCAGUUAUGGGAGGAGCGAGGAGCAGAAGUACCGCUGCCCUGGUGGUUAUGAGAGGCGCGGCGACGAUGAUUCUGAUUUUGAGCGUCCUAAGUAUGGUGAAGAAGGCUAUGGUCGCAAGAAAUAUGUGAGAACCUUUAAUGCCGGCAUUAUGAUUGAAGAGCGUGAUAAAUAG